CGUUAAUGUGCAAAAUCUUCCCCUCUACUCUGCGAGGUAAUGCUCGAACUUGGUAUUACAGUCUACCCCCGAGGUCAAUUAGUUCUUACACAGAGAUGGCAUCUGCAUUUGCCAUUAAGUUUUCCAGUAGAAGGUUGAUUAGGAAAACUACCACUGAAUUGAUGCGAGUUAAACAGAAGGACGGAGAGUCUCUAAAGAACUACAUGAGCAGGUUCAAUGAUGCGGUGUUGGAGGUUAGUUCCUUCGACCAAGCUAUGGGUAUUGCAGCUGUAAUUUCUGGUCUCAAACAUGAUAGGUUCAGAGACAGUUUGAUCAAACAUGCUGCCACCACCUUCAGCGAGGUGAAUGAUAGGUCUCUCAAAUUUAUAACUGCUGAGGAAUACGCCCUGGCACAAAACCAACCUUCCUCUAAGAACCAGAACCCAGAAUGGAGAGAUGACAAUCCGAGCCGGAAAAGGAUGAGAAUGGCGCAGAACCGAGGUCCGAUGUUGACCUCCCCAACGAGAUUCGGAAGGACGAACUCAACUCCCCCGCAACAACCUGCAGGUAAACCUCCAGUUAAUUGGACUCCCUUUAAUCUGCCGAGAUCACGGCCAUACUACGAGCAGUGUAACAGCUUAAAGUCCGAACUAGAAAGUUUAGCUCAGAAGGGAAUGCUGAAUGAGUAUGUUCAGAGAGCUGAGCAACCGAGGUUUGUCAGAGAGCAGAGGCCGCAGCCUCAAGGAGUCCGCAAUCCCCCAAAUAGACAAGGUGUGGGAUAUCAGCAAACCCCAUCUCCGCUCCCACCACCGGCUAGAAUCAUACAUAUGAUUACGGGAGGCCUUAAAGCAGGUGGACUGAGCUCUAAACAGCGAAAGCUGUAUGUCAGAGAAGUUAAGCAUCAAAAUCGAGCUCAGAAGCGAAAGAUUGAUGAUGCUGAGUGGAAAAAUCAACCUAUUACUUUCACAUCUACUGACCUCGACACAGUUGUUACACCCCACAAUGAUCCUCUGGUCACUUCCGUCAUGAUCAAUAACUGUGAAGUACAACGUGUCCUUGUUGACAUCGAGAGUGCACCAGACAUCAUGUAUUUUCACUGUUUCGAGAGUCUGGGACUAGAUCCAGCUCUGUUGCAGAAGUAUGAUGGUCCUAUCUAUGGUUUCAACAACCAGCCUGUUCCGGUAGAAGGAGUUCUUACUCUCCAUGUGGCUUUUGGAAGUGACAGAACCUAUGUAACCCCGUCGGUCUGGUUCCUCGUCGUCAAAAUGGCGUCCUCUUUCAACAUUGUUAUUGGUUGACCCACAUUGACCGAAAUCCGAGCUGUGGUUUCCCAAUCUCACCUCUGCAUGAAAUUCCCCACUCCUAUGGGAAUAGCAACAUUGCGAGGAAACCAGGAGGUGGCCAGACACUAUUAUAU